UAUUGCUUUAAUUAUUUUUCUUUCAUAAUUGCUGUUUCAUUUAUUCACGCUCUUAAGUAGAUUUUACAUUCGAGAAACUCCAUUACUUGUCAGUAAUUACAAAGUGAUAUAUUUGUUUUGCAGGCAGUAUUAUCUUCUUAUCUGCCUCAGUUAGAAUAAGUCAGAUUUGAAUAGAAAGUUCAACUUCAUCAUCGAAACAUAUUAUAGGUACUAGGGCGAUAAUUUUUUUAAAAAAUGUUUGCAGUUAAGCCAAUGUCCCAUCAAUACCAAGAUGAACAAUCUACAAAUGCUAAUUCCAGACCAGCUAAUGGUGGAUCCUUGCCAUCAUUCAGCGAAUUGUUAACUUCCAUUCCUUUAGCAGGAACUCUCAGAACUACAUCAACUACAAGCUCUGCUGUAGGUUCUCCAUACAUUCAAUACAACGGCAUAUCAAGUCCUAUUGAUCACCGUCGAUAUUCCAACAGUACACCCCCAGUACCCAGCUUAAAUCAAACUUCUACAUCUUCAAUAUCUGCAUCAUCAUCAACUUCAUCAAAUAACUCUAUCUCCUCCUACAUACAGCAACAACCAAAUACACAACAAGCCAUUAUUCAUCCUCAUCCAAUGCAAGCGACCAUGGUGGUUGUAAAUCCCACUGCAGCUUAUCAAUAUCAACCCUACCACGCACAAUUGUUACCAAGACAAUCGUCUCAACAGCAGGUCGUUACUUAUCAAUGUGUGCAACCUCAACCAAGCCAUGUUUUACAAACUAAUAAUCAUCAUUUAGUUUCACAAGCCCUUGUCUCUUUAACUGGUGCCCCUUCUACUGACGUUCAGUCUCCAACUUCCUUACCUUUAACGUUACCUACUCCACCAUCAUCCAGUAAUUCUCAUAGAACCAUAGUGAGAUCUAGUUCAAGCAGUAGUAUUUCCAGCGACAGUGCAACAUCUCCUUCUGGUUGGAAUAAUGAAUCUAAGAGGAAGCAUAUUUGUAAGGUGUGUACCAGAUCUUUUACAACAUCGGGCCAUUUGGCACGCCAUAACAGAAUACAUACUGGUGAAAGAAAGCACAUAUGUCCUUGGCCUACUUGUGAAGCCCGUUUUGCUAGGCAAGAUAAUUGUAUGCAACAUUACAAGACACAUACCAAUGGUAAGAAUAAGCGUGCCAAGGUUGGUAAAAAGCCAGUGAUCAGAUUCUAAGCAAUGCUUGAUCAUUACCUUAAUAUUUCAUGAUUAUUUCCGUUCUACUUCUGAUAAAGCUAAUGCUACGAUUUAUUAGUUUUUUAUUAUAUAUUUAUUUUGGUUCUUUCUUUGGUAAUUAAUUGUUAUUAAUAUUUUUAGUUCUUGUAUAUGUC